UCUUUUAUGUUUUAUUAUCUUUUGAAGAUUUUUUUUUUAUGUUUUUAACUUUUGAAGCACCUUGUGACUUUUGUCUGCGAAAGGUGCUAUAUAAAUAAAACUUACUUACUUACUUACUUACUGGCUUGAGGGGUCAGCACAACCUUUCACUGUAUGGACAGAUCAUAAGAAUCUCGCCUACCUACGCUCAGCCAAGAGAUUGAACUCACGACAAGCUCGAUGGUGUCACUUCUUUGACCGUUUUGACUUCACCAUCACCUACAGACCAGGCAGCCGUAAUCUAAAGCCUGAUGCCCUCUCCAGACUGUCCAGUGCUUCAGAAGACGUUGCUGAUUCCACCAUAAUACCUCAUGCCUGCAUUGUGGGGUUACUUACCUGGGAGGUCAAGUCACGAGUACGCCAAGCUCAAGGUGAGGAACCAAAUCAUGCACCUUGCCCACCUGGAAUGCUGUAUGUCCCCACCUCUCUUAGGUCUGAGGUCCUCACCUGGGGGCAUGCCUCUCGAAUCUCCUGUCACGCCGGUGUCCAUCGAACCCUCAGCCUACUCCGUAAACAUUUCUUCUGGCCCGCAAUGGAGAAAGACGUGUGGGAAUUCGUGGCCGCUUGCUCCACCAGAUCAAAGUCCUCCACCUCUCCACAAACGGGUCUGCUCCACCCUCUGUCCACUCCCAGCCGACCUUGGUCGCACAUCGCUCUGGACUGGCCUGCCUCCGUCCAACGGUAACACGGUCAUCCUCACAGUCAUUGAUCGUUUCUCUAAGUCUGCUCAGUUCAUACCCCUGCCACAGCUUCCUACACCCAUGGAGACCGCCACCAUACUGGUCAACCAGGUCUUCCUUCAUCAUGGCAUACCCACUGACAUUGUGUCUGAUCGUGAACCGCAAUUCAUCUCUCAAGUGUGGAGGGCUUUUUGUUCCGCCCUUGGAGCCACGGUUAGCCUAUCUUCAGGAUACCACCCUCAAUCCAACGGUCAAGCCGAAAGGGCCAACCAGGAGUUGGAAGCUGCCCUGCGCUGUCUGGCUGCCAAAAAUCCUGCCGACUGGUCGUCCUUCCUGGUUUGGAUUGAAUAUGCCCAUAAUACCCAUCUUUCUUCUGCUACUGGUGUCUCGCCUUUUGAAGCCUCCCUCGGAUAUUUACCCCCUCUGUUCCCAUCACAGGAAGCUGACCUGGCUGUACCUUCGGUCUUGCAUCACCUCCGCCGAUGUCGGCACUUCUGGCGUCAGACUAAGCCCUGCUUUGUACCAAGGAACACAACCGCAAGAUUGCAGACCGUCACCGGAUUCCUGCUCCCGCCUACCAGCCAGGUCAGAAAGUAUGACUCUCCUCCCGUAACAUCCCCUUCCAGGCCUCUUCUCGCAAACUCGCGCCUCGUUUUAUUGGACCCUAUGUCAUUGACAAGAUAAUCAACCCCUCUUGUGUUCGCCUCCGCCUGCCUGCCGCUCUGCAGGUUCAUCCUUCAUUCCAUGUGUCCCAGAUAAAACCAGUCAGGGAGAGCCCCCUGUGCCCGCCUGUCCCUGCCCCUCCACCCGCCCGCAUCAUUGAUGGUGCUCCGGCGUUCACUGUUCGCCGCAUUCUGGACGUCAGGCCUCGUGGUUGGGGGUACCAGUUCCUGGUGGAUUGGGAGGGGUACAGGCCAGGUGAGCGUUCCUGGGUGUCUCGCUCCCCAUUCUUGGAUCCGUCUCUCAUCGCUGACUUCUACCGUGCCCAUCCUGACCGUCGGCCUGGACCGCCUUGAGGCGGUCGUUGAGGGGGGGGUGCUGUCACGGUGCAUCUUCAAUUGGACCCAGCUGUUGGACAUCACCUCAUCACCAGUCCUCAACUUAAGGAAGACCUGCUCCAGUAUUCAUCGCCAGUUCGUUACCUCACCCGGUCCAUCCGCCACAUUCCAACCUGGGUCCGUCGCCUCCUAUCUUCUACGUUCAGUCACACUCCAUCAGCCUGCCUCACUGUUUGGAUCUUUGCCGCCUUGUCGGAUCUCAGCCUGCCUCACUGUUUGGAUCUUCGCCGCCGUGUCGGAUCUACACUACAGCGCUGCUAGACCACGGACAAUAAACUGUAAAUCUUCAA